AUGCAGGCGUCGGCAUCGUCGUUCCCGGCGCUGCUGGUGCUGCUGCCGCUGCUGGUGCUGCUGCAGUCGCAGGUGGUGCUCUCGUCGCUGCUCUUGUCGCUGCUGCUGCACCAGUUGUCGGCGCUGCUGCUCUUUGAUGUCGUGGCUUCUCCUCCGCAACGUCGCAGCACUGUUCACCACUUUGGUCCUCGCAAAGAGACGACGGGAAGUGCUGUAGUGGUCCGUAGGGCCAACGAGCACAGCGGCGUGCGGGGCGAUCGUCACGAGGUGUUUCGCGAACAUUCGACUGGACGACGGGCCAACGACUACUGGCGGCGGUGGCGGCGGUGUCUCGGCGUGAGACAGCGGACGCGGGUUCAGAACUGA